ACUCUUCUUCUCCCCCAUUGUCGUUUCAAGAAAUUCCACUGAUCAUCUCAUUCUCUCGGACCAACCAUUUCUCUUUUUCUUUGUCCGCUUCCUGCCUAUCCAUCGUGUGAAUGCACCGCUGUCGGCAGCUUCCGUGCCACCCCAGGACAGGCCGUACGCGACCAUAUUGGUGGAGGGUAUCUUUCCUACUAUGUUCGACAUUCCUACAAUACUUAUUAGUAGUAGCCACCCGCGAAGACACCAUGAGUGACAUAAACGAGUGCCCUACUCUAGCACUGUAUUCUCGCAACGAUGAUCCGAUGACGCAAGCCCUUCGCUCUGAGAGAGAUAUCGAUCUUGAUCAGCUUGUUGGGCUUCAUCGACUCGCCUCACCGGCAACAGUUGCCAUGUCUUCCGGCCAUACUAGUACUGGCAUCUUCAGCUCGAAGAGACCUUCUACCAUCACAAAACCAACCUCUUCCGGGACAAGUUACCCCUUGGGGGGAAAGACUUGCAACGAGAACAUAAUUGCGACAUAUGAAUCAUCACUGUCGGCUACGCAUGGCUCCGGUUCAGAGAAUGAGCGAGAGGCAGUCCGUGACGACGCCUUGUUGGGUAUCGGCGACUGGGUUGCCGACCAACCCAGAGAAUCAGAUACACUUAGGGGUACUGCUAAAGCUCGCAAGCGAAAUCAGCCGGCCCGCCGACGACAAAAACACAAGAAACCAGUUGUCAUAAUCCAGCAAGAGCGCUUCGAUAGUGCAUCAGAAGAAGACAACUUCCCUGUUGCGGCACAAACCUCCCGACACAGGGCUGGUACAAUUUAUCGGAUAUCGAGCGGAAACGGUACUGAUCUGCAUAGAGGAACGAAAUACCUCAAGCAUCGACGGGAGGAGCGAGCAGUUCACACACUCCAACUUGCGGAAGAGGGCCGUAUCGGAGUUGACAAUGCUAUAUCGUCCUCUUCGGCGGCGGCGCCUAUCACACGCACACGCCGCGCUCUCAUCAUCGUGCUCAUCGUGGUUAUUGUACUUACCUUUCUCGUAUGUUCUUUUGUGGGAGCGCGAACUGGGAAGAACCACGUGCAACACACCAAAGUCGCCAUAUUUACUGGGACGGUACUCAUUUCCUGCUGCACAGUGUUUGCAAUGGUUCUAGCAGGGCGUGGCUGGCACGAGAGUCUACUCGCUGGGGUUUUGGAGUCAUUGUUUGGCUUCGCACUUCUCGUUGAAAUCGGGGACUUCAUGGAGACAUAAGCUAAAAGUUUGUCUUGCGGCAUUUGCGUUGUACAAUCCCGUCGAGCACAGAGGCAACUUGAACCAGUCCGUCUACCUUAAUCAAAUUU